GCAUAACUCGGAGUCACUUGGCUCUGCGUGCGCUUGCCCGACUGGCGGCUGACAGUUCAAAGGGACAGAUCGUUUUAAAUUUAGCCAACCGGACUCGCACCGAAAGCAUUUCAGCGCGUGCACCAGAGAACUGGGAAGGCGAAAACAAGCAUGUUCUUGGAAAGUGCAGUCUAAUUCUGCGCGUGUCUGUGUCGAUCCAUUCUACCAAUAUGCCAAUAUUCGCGAGUUCCUGUUGUCCUCUGCCGCUGCUUUGAAACUCUGUCCUCAUUCACCGGGCUUCUCUCAGCGCAGCGUAUUGUGAGUUUGUUGACAUAUCUGAUUGUUGGAGACAUUUUCCGCUGAAUGGUUCGCUCUCCCUCCCUCCUCGUCUGACUUUAUCUUCCAACUAUCCCCGUGUGUGGUGAACUAGUCAGAUCCGGUUUUGGUAGUCUUUGGCGCGGGAUAAUCGGAAUACGAUGUGAAUUAAUGAGGCGCAAGAUGCAGGGGCACAUACUCAGACCCGCGCGGCUCCAGGGGCGACAGGUGCGCGAGACGGAGUGAGAGACAGGAGAGUCACUUUGUAUACCCAGAAGGAAAACCAGGAAGGCUAAAAGGGGGUAGAAAGAAGUUAAGAAAUCAGCCAUGGAGACGGGCCAGAGCGCAGCAGUAGCUGAAACGGGAGGAGAGCGCGAGCAUGCAGGUGUAUGUGUUACUGUGGACCGGGACCGGGACCGUGGAGAGGUGCCAAGCCCGAGCCCACUGGCCAAACAGCGUUCCCUUCGCGCAGUCUAUGUGUUGAACGACGGGUUAAAGGCGGUUCUGGCAAGCAGCCCCGAGUCUGGCGCUCUUCAAUGCCUGCAAAGAGCCUGUGACGCCGAGAGCGCACUACUGACCACUGUAACGUUUGGACGGUUGGACUUCGGAGAGACCUCCGUUCUAGACACUUUCUACGACGCAGAUAUUGCUGUUGUGGACAUGGGCGAUGUCUUCCGACAGCCAUCCUUGUUUUACCACCUUGGAGUGAGAGAGAGCUUCGACAUGGCCAACAAUGUUAUACUGUACUAUGACACUGAUCCAGACACUGCGCAGUCGCUGAAGGACAUGGUGGCACAAAAAAACACAGCGUCCAGUGGUAACUACUACUUCAUCCCCUAUGUGCUGACUCCUAACCAUGAGUACAUGUGUUGUGAGAGUGACGCCCAGCGCAGGGCCAGUGAGUACAUGCAGCCCAGCUGGGACAACCUGCUGGGGCCUCUGUGUGUCCCCCUGACGGACCGCUUCUCCAACCUGCUCAAGGACAUCCACGUCACCUCCUGUGCGUCCUUCAAGGACACGUUGUUGAACGACAUCCGCAAGGCGAGGGAUAAGUACCAGGGCGAGGAGCUAGCCAAGGAGCUGUCUCGCAUCAAGCUCCGCAUCGACAACACCGAGGUCCUCACCCAGGACAUAGUGAUGAACCUGCUGUUCUCCUACCGAGACAUACAGGACUACGAUGCCAUGGUGAAGCUGGUGGAGACCCUGGAGAUGCUUCCCACCUGCGACCUCGCCAACCAGCCCAUGAUCCAGUUCCACUAUGCCUUUGCCCUCAACAGGAGGAACAGUCCAGGAGACAGGGAGCAGGCCCUGCGUGUGAUGCUGCAGGUGCUGCAGUCAUGUGAGCACCCCGCCCCAGACAUGUUCUGUCUGUGUGGGAGGAUCUACAAGGACAUCUUCCUCGACUCCGACUGCAAGGACAUGAAGAACAGAGACAAUGCCAUCCAGUGGUACAGGAAAGGCUUUGAGCUGCAGCCGACCCUGUACUCAGGCAUCAACCUGGCUGUGCUGCUGAUCGUGGCCGGUCUGCAGUUUGAGAGCUCUAUCGAGCUCCGGAAGAUCGGGGUGAGGCUGAACAGUCUGCUGGGCAGGAAGGGUUCUCUGGAGAAGAUGAAUAACUACUGGGACGUUGGUCAGUUCUUCACUGUUAGCAUGCUGGCUAGCAACAUCCCCAAAGCUACACAGGCGGCGGAGAAGCUCUUCAAACUCAAACCCCCCAUCUGGUACCUGCGCUCCGUGGUCCAGAACCUGCAGCUGAUCCAGAGGUUUAAGAAGCCCUCGGUGGAACAUUCUCCCCAGAGAGAGAGGCUCAAUUUCUGGAUGGACAUCAUCGUGGAGGCCACCCGGGGAACCACCAACGGCCUGCGCUUCCCGGUAUUGAUCCUGGAGCCCACCAAGGUGUACCAGCCCUCCUAUGUCUCCAUCAACAAUGAAGCUGAGGAGAAGAACGUCUCCAUCUGGCACGUCUCUCCCUCGGAAACGAAGGGGAUUCAUGAGUGGAACUUCACUGCAACCUCCAUUAAAGGAAUCAGCAUCUCGAAGUUUGACGAGCGAUGCUGUUUCCUGUAUGUCCACGACAACUCAGAUGACUUCCAGAUCUACUUCUCUACAGAGGACCAGUGUGCUCGGUUCUGUUCCAUGGUGAAAGAGAUGAUAUCUGAUGGGACAGGGAACGCCGUUGAGCUCGAGGGAGAGGGAGAUGGAGACACACUGGAGUAUGAGUAUGACUCUAAUGAGACAGGGGACAGGGUGGUUCUGGGGCGGGGCACCUACGGAGUGGUGUAUGCUGGGAGAGACCUCAGCAACCAAGUCCGCAUCGCCAUCAAGGAGAUACCAGAGAGAGACAGCAGGUACUCCCAGCCCCUUCACGAGGAGAUAGCUCUUCACAAGUACCUGAAGCACAGGAACAUAGUCCAGUACCUGGGCUCUGUCUCCGAGAACGGAUACAUCAAGAUCUUCAUGGAGCAGGUCCCUGGAGGAAGUCUGUCUGCGUUGUUGCGUUCUAAGUGGGGCCCACUGAAAGAAGCCACCAUCAUCUUCUACACCAGGCAGAUCCUGGAGGGACUCAGAUACCUGCACGAGAACCAGAUAGUCCACAGAGACAUCAAGGGGGAUAAUGUGUUAGUGAACACCUAUAGUGGUGUCCUGAAGAUCUCAGAUUUUGGAACUUCCAAGAGACUGGCAGGAGUCAACCCCUGUACAGAGACUUUCACUGGUACUCUCCAGUACAUGGCUCCAGAGAUCAUAGACAAGGGCCCCAGGGGGUAUGGGGCCCCUGCUGAUAUCUGGUCGCUGGGCUGCACCAUCAUAGAGAUGGCCACUGGCAAACCUCCCUUCCACGAGCUGGGGGAGCCUCAAGCAGCCAUGUUUAAGGUGGGAAUGUUUAAGAUCCACCCUGAGAUCCCUGAGUCUCUGUCUGUUGAGGCCAAGUCCUUCAUCCUGCGCUGCUUCGAGCCAGACCCUAACAAGAGGGCCACCGGCUCAGACCUGCUGAAGGACACCUUUGUACGCCACAAGGGCAAGAAGAGCAAGAUUGCCUUCAAACCCUCAGACUACAUCCGCAGUGUGUCGUUGCCGGUGCAGUUGCAGGGUGAGGCCACUGGGAGCAGCAGCAGUGAGCACGGCUCGGUGAGUCCAGACUGUGACUCCAAACACGACGUGUUCUUCCAGAAGAAGAAGCGCUCAGAGAACCUGCUCAAACCCCCAAACGCCAACUACCUCAGCGUUCCUGACGAGGGCUUGGUGUCGGAGGACCGGAGCACGCCCCUCUCCCCCGAGGACAGGGACGGGGGUCUGUUCCUGCUGAAGAAGGACAGCGAGCGCAGAGCCAUCCUCUACAAGGUCCUCAACGAGGACCAGGACAAGGUCAUGUCCAACCUGAUGGAGAACCACAUCCAGGGCAGCGAGGAGCUCCAGCUAUCUGUAGACCACAUCAAACAGAUCAUCUGUAUUCUGAGAGACUUCAUCCAUUCCCCCGAGCGACGCGUCAUGGCAACCACCAUCUCCAAACUCAAACUGGACCUAGACUUUGACUCAACCUCCAUCAACCAGAUACAGCUAGUGCUGUUUGGGUUCCAGGACUCUGUAAACAAGGUCCUGAGGAACCAUCACAUCAAGCCUCACUGGAUGUUUGCGAUGGACAACAUCAUCAGGAGAGCUGUCCAGGCUGCUGUGACCAUCCUCAUACCAGAGCUCCAGACCCACUUUGGGCCGGCGUCGGAGAGCGAGGGAGCGGACAAGGAGGACGAGGUAGACGAGGAGGAGGUGGAGUUUGGGCCCGUGGGAGCCCCCCCCGCCGACGACCCCAGUGUGACCUCUGAACCCGUGACCUCAGGGGUUAGCACGCUGAACUCCACCCCCUCCCACGACCCCCAGCGCUCGCAUCAUCUUCUGGGCUCACAACUGGGACGACUCAAACAGGAAACCAACAGGCUCCUAGAGGAGUUGCUCCAGAGGGAGAAGGAGUUCCAGCAGGUUCUAAAGACCACCCUGCAGCAGAGAACAAAUGACCUGGAGCUGGCCAGGGGCAGACACAGGCCUCCAGACCUCCCUCCUCCCUCCAUCUUCCAUGUAGCAGCUGACCACGAGCCCGACAAGCAGCUCACUGAUUGGCUGAAAGACCAGGGGGCGGACCACGACACAGUAGAGAGGUUUGUGAUGGAGGAGUACACGCUGAGUGAUGUCCUCAACGACAUCACUAAGGAAGACCUCCGCUACCUGCGACUACGCGGAGGGGUGCUCUGUCGUAUCUGGCGGGGGAUCCAGAGGCACAGAGAGAGGGAGAGGCUGACAAAGGACGAGUCACAUGACAGGGAAUGAUGAGAUAGCUGAACUACUUCUCUGGUGGACUCUCUUGCACAUACACACACUCCUCCCUGCGUUUAGUUCGUUCAUUCAUUCAUUCUGCUUCUUUUUUCUAGGUCUCUCUCUGUCUCUCUCUCUCUCUUUCUCUCUCUCUCUUACUGCCAUGCUCACUCAAAUAAUAGACAAGUGUGCAAACCUUUACUGUUGUGAAGCAUGCAGCAUGAAAACGAGCUGUUAUGUGUGUAACUGUACACGGGGUCACUAUCAUUGUUGACCAGACCAAAACGCUUUACUGCAGGCACUUUGUACGUGUAGAUGUUUUAUUGUGACUAUUGUGUGUAUGUCUGUCUGAGUGUGAACGUGCGUCUGUGUCGAGCGUCUGCGUGUAUGCGGACGUAUGAGAGGCCGUAUAGGCCUUAAUUCAUACUUUAUCUCACAUACACGCCAUGACCUCACAUAUAUACCAUUAUACUCUCACGUAUAUACCAUUAUACUCUCACAUAUACACCAUUAUACUCUCACAUACACACCAUAACCUCACAUAUAUACCAUUAUACUCUCACAUAUAUACCAUUAUACUCUCACAUAUAUACCAUUAUAGUCUCACAUAUAUACCAUUAUACUCUCACAUAUACACCAUUAUACUCU